AGUGUUUAACCGUGUCAGCUUGAGGCUCGAGCUAUAGACACAUAAAAGAAGCAACGAACCAAACUCUUCAAAUUUUGAAACUGUUUCAUAAUUCAAACAUAAGAAGCCUCGAAAUUUGCUUAUAAUUUUUUUUCCCCAAUGUCUCACACUUUGCAAUUUUCGUUCUCUUCAAGUGCUUUCAGUUCUCUAAUGAAGGUGGAGAAGCUGAAGAUGAAGAGAGUUAGGCCUCGUUGCUUUCAAGUUCUAUGCUCUUCUGGGCAUUCCAGUUUCAAAGAUGAAGAUGAUGCUGAUAAUGGAGGAUAUCAGGGUUCAUCGCGGGUGAUAUUGGUGGAGAGAUAUAGCAAUGGUACUGCUAAGAGAUACGUAUUAGGAGAUGAUUUGAAGUUGCGAACCUUUCUUGUUGAGGAAGACAGGUCUACACCAUACAGGUUCCAGGAUUUGCAUUCUGCUGAUGAAAGUCUAUCCUGGCUUCCAAAGAUAAUAAAAGAUUUUAUACUACCAGCAGGCUUUCCUGGAUCAGUUUCAAAUGAUUACUUGCAUUACAUGUUAUUACAGUUCCCUACCAAUGUGACUGGAUGGAUCUGUCACACUCUAGUCACUUCAAGUCUCCUAAAGGCUGUUGGUGUUGGCUCUUUCUCUGGAACCACAGCAGCUGCUUCUGCUGCUGCCAUCAGGUGGGUCUCAAAGGAUGGCAUUGGAGCUAUUGGACGCUUAUUCAUUGGUGGGCAGUUUGGAAGUCUUUUUGAUGAUGAUCCCAAGCAAUGGAGAAUGUAUGCAGAUUUCAUUGGCAGUGCUGGCAGCAUUUUUGAUCUGACAACCCAACUAUACCCUGCCUAUUUCCUUCCUUUGGCAUCUCUUGGAAAUCUUACUAAGGCUGUAGCAAGAGGACUAAAAGAUCCUUCUUUUCGUGUGAUUCAAAACCAUUUUGCAAUUUCAGGAAAUCUAGGAGAGGUAGCAGCAAAGGAAGAAGUUUGGGAAGUUGUUGCUCAACUGGUUGGCCUUGGUAUCGGCAUAUUGAUUCUGGAUACACCUGGCCUUGUAAAAUCGUAUGGUGUACUUUCAUUAACUUGGUUGAGUAUGCGAUUUCUGCAUCUUUGGCUACGCUAUGAAUCACUUUCAGUUCUCCAGUUUAACACAAUAAAUCUAAAGCGUGCUCACAUACUGGUAAAAUCACAUGUGUUACACUCUACUGUUCCAGGAUGCACGGAUUGCAACAGAGAAGAGAAUAUAUUAGUUUGGUCGCAAUUCAUGAAGCCAAAAAUACUUUUUGGCUUGUCCUUGGAGAAAAUGAAUGGUGUGGAGAGAUCUCAUUUUAUGGUGGGGGCACUUCUAAAAUUAUAUGCAAGUGAGAAAUAUAUUCUUAUGGUGAAUCAGCAGAAAGAAGAUUUGAGGUUUUUUGUUUCUUUCAAGGUUGGAGCUACAAGUGCUUCAGUAUUGCGAAGUGUGUGGCAGGCUUUCUGGCUAAGUGAGAACUGGGAUAGCAAUGUUAAUGUUUGUGAUCAAAUUGCUAAUAGUCUAAUAGAAUUGGAAGAGAGGUUUGAGGAUUUCAUUCAAAAGUUGAAAGAUGCAGAAUGGGAUACCCAGCAAUUAAAUUUGAAGGUUCCCAAAGAAAUCUUAAUUGAUGAUAAUACCAAUCCUAUCUAAAUUCUUAAAGGGUGAAGCUGAGUUCUUUUAGUACAAAAUGAUAUGACCAUGAGGUCCUUAAGAGUUGAGGCAUAAAAUGUGAUCAGCCAAAUUGUACACUCUGUUAGCAGUGUUACAAGCAUUCAGAGCAAAAUAUCUAUUUUCACAUCACAUGAAGAUAUUCAACAAAGAGAGACAGAGUAUUUAUGGUGGCCAAUUGGCUUAUAGUCUUGACUCAUUGAAUACUGUAUACUGGCUUUGACACUGGCAUCUUACAUUCUUAGGGAGGCUCCUCUUGUAAAGAAUCUGUUCGCAAUUUUGUUCAAAACCUUUAUUGUUUUCAAUUUUAUUUUUUGGAGAAAGUUAUUCAUGCUUGGAAUUCAUUACUUCUGUUGGUGUACAGUUUGGUCAAUCCUGCUAUCUGUAGUCAACCAACUCAUUGUUUUGUCUUCAUAAAAAGUUCAAUGUUGGACCUUUUGAGAUAGAUGUUAAUGCUGAUUUAAUCAAAUUAUUUGUCCUUUUAAAAGA